GGGACGAAAAGGCGUAGCUAGUAAACAUCACGAGAAACCGAAAACACAUAGUGGAUAACCGCACCUGUAAACACCGGCUUGUUUAAUCCUCUUUUAUGCUAACGUAAACCUGUCGGUGUCGUUGGUCCUCUGCGUUACCGUUCACAGUUGUCAUAGCGACUGUCCGUGGCUAUAUAAACAGGACCUGUGGGGCGUUAGCCAGCUAGCUCGCUAGCAAAGCCACCUAGCCGCUCGAGAAACAGCCGCAGCUAGCAUUAGCAAUAACAGCAGACGGCAGAAAUGAUAGCGUUAAUCAAUAAACUCCUGGACUGGUUCAAAGCGCUUUUCUGGAAGGAGGAAAUGGAGUUGACCUUGGUGGGGCUACAGUACUCGGGGAAAACCACCUUCGUCAACGUGAUAGCGUCCGGCCAGUUCAGUGAAGACAUGAUUCCUACAGUUGGAUUCAACAUGAGGAAGAUCACAAAAGGCAACGUCACCAUCAAGUUGUGGGACAUUGGCGGUCAGCCUCGUUUCAGGAGCAUGUGGGAGCGUUACUGUCGAGGAGUCAGUGCCAUUGUGUACAUGGUGGACGCAGCAGAUCCAGAGAAGAUUGAAGCUUCCAAGAAUGAACUUCACAACCUGCUGGACAAACCGCAGCUGCAGGGAAUUCCCGUUCUGGUUCUGGGGAAUAAGCGAGACCUUGCAGGAGCUCUGGAUGAGAAGGAGCUCAUAGAGAGGAUGAACCUGUCGGCCAUCCAGGACAGAGAGAUCUGCUGCUACUCCAUCUCCUGCAAGGAGAAGGACAACAUCGACAUCACUCUCCAGUGGUUGAUCCAACACUCCAAGACUAAGAGGAGUUCCUGAGAAACGACGCCACCCUCACAGAACAGGCCAAGCUCACCAACCCAAACUGUCCCCCUGAUCUGCCCCCCCCCCCCCCCGACCCAACACAACCCCCACCCUCAGCUGGGAUGUUCUGAUACCUCUGGGCUUUAACCUCAAACAGCUGACAUGAGAAUAUUCAGCAGUCUUAAGAUUUAUUCUGAUGUUCUCAUUUUACAACUUACAUGAUAUUUAAACAGAAUUUAACUGAAACACAUAAACACCUCAAGAAUGCAGAUCGUUUCAACAUGUCAGUUUCUGCUCGUUCCAGGCAAAGUGUAGAAACUUUGUGAUCCUUCUCGUCUCCAUGAACCAUGAAGACCAUCUCUCCGGGUCUGUGUGGAGCCUUAAAGGUUAGUUAUACAUGAAAAUGUAGCAGCAGCAUUUCCUUCUUACCGCCUCAAACAUGUUCAGAAACUGAUUUUGAAGACGGUUCGGCUGAAAUGAACAAAGUCUGUUCAGUUAAAUCUCAGUCAGAUCUGAUUGGCAGUGAUCUGCAGUACUAACGUCACGAUUAUAGCUUUUCUUUGGAUGAUUAUCAUGAUUUUACAAUUAUCACAAAUAUUAUGCAUUAAUUAACAACACCGGCUUUAGGUCUUAAAGCUUUAUAAAUUUCCAUCUUUUGAUGGCAACGUAACAAAAUAACAUAGAAACAUAUAUUUGUUUAAUAAUAUAUUAUAAUAUAUUAUCCUGUAUAUUAUAAUAUAACAUUAUAAUAUAAUAUAACAAAAUAUAUUAACACUCUCAUAGAAAACAGGUGGAAAUGCUGCAGGACCUCUACCUGGACUCCGGAGGCUUCUUUUUGGAAACUAUUAUAAAAUAGUUUUGAAAAUUUCUUUUCAACCUCAGUAGAGAGUUUAUAAACACAGAAAAAACAUAUUUGACCUCCAGCUGUCCUUCAGCAGAAUAGCUGCUGCUUUACAAGUAACACUGGAUGAUGAUGAUCAUAAAUCUAAUAAUAAUAAUAAUAAUUCGUUUUAUUUGUGGGCGUCUUUCUUGACACACAAGGUCACCUUACAAGAUAAAACACAACAAAAAGAACAAAUCAAUAAAAAUAAAAAAUAAAUCUAAUAUUGUACAUUGAUGACUAAACAAAAGGCGUCGACGCCUCGUUGCAUCAGUCGUGUUUGAACAGUAAAACGCUGCCAGACAAGGUUGGAGACUUAUUUGGUUUUUCCGUUUAAUGCUACGUUAGGUGAACGUGUUGGGUUGCAAACCCAACCCAAGAGUCCUACACGAUUAUAAAAUUACAAAAAAGGCACAAUACCAUUUAAUUUGAAUGUUACGUUAGUUAAACAUUAGCAUCGUUCACCCCAGGUACCCAACCUUUCUGUGCUGCAAAGCUGCUGGUUAUCCUGCAGGAGGUGAAAGUUAUUGGAUGGAUUUUCCAGGUUUUUUUGUCGGUUUUCCAGGCUGGUGAGCCGUCCUCCACAAUGACAACUUGCUCCUUUUUUUCUAGAAGCAAAGAAAUCCGACCAGGAUGGUUUAAUCUGUUAGUUUGAACGGGAUAACUCACAGAAAACACAGAAAAGAAAACAACACAAGCGGAAACGCGCUUGUUGUUUAACGCUGUGUUCCUUUCUGAUCUAAUGACACAUGAUCCCACAUGGAAAGUCAUGAUAUUGAGGAUCUUUAUGAUUAAUUUUACUACGAUUAAUUAUGAAAUAAAUUAACUUUAACCCUAACCUGCUGUUUACACCAGCACACAUACAUCACAGUCCUGCAGCUGUUAUCCCAGACAGCUGAGGGAAAAAAAGGAUGUAAAUUCUGCCCAAACAAACCCAACAACAGUGACCAGAACCGAAUCACGAAUGUCCAGCAGAACCUGUGGUAUCAGAACAUCGACACGGAUCCACACAGCAGCCGAUUUUUCCAGGAACAUCAACACUACAACCUGUUUGGAAACCUGGGAAAAGUUUUUGUCCCGUUCAUGUUCAGAAACAUUCUCGUGUGUUGUCGUCAGCUGGUCAGCUGCUGUGUGGAUCUGUCUGCUCCCAUCAUCCUCCUCCUCAGUUUUUAUUCACCCAUGUCUACCUCCACAUCGUCAGUCCCUCCAUUUCUUCACAUUUUAUCACCCUGAGAACCUCCUCUUCUUCCUCUGUGUUCCCUCCCUUCUCUUAAUUUUGGAUGUUUUUCUCCUCUUUUGUCGCCAAGCCCCGCCCCCUCGCCAUUUUCUUUCUCCUGCCAAGCGAGGGAUAAAAAAAGAAAAAAAAAAAAACUUUUUAUUGCACUGUUGAUUUUGGUUUUGUAAGAUAUUAAUGAGAAUAAUGUUAAUAAUCUUCUUGUGACAUAACCGGAUCUGUCCAGACUGGAGGAAGUGGUACUUUAACUGGAGAAGAACAAAUGUUAUUGUUUCUGUUGAUAUCUCUGUAAUAAGCUUUUUAUUCAUGUUUUAUAUUAUUAUUAUUUUUUAUUGUUGUUUUGUUUUUUUGUUUUUUUUUGACUUAAUGAGUCUACUUUGGUUGUUAAAACAGAGUUCAGUGUUCCCUGCUCUGAGCUGGCUGCUGAUUGGAUCAGGAAUGUCAUGUGAUCAGAUGCAACAUCAGUGAGCAGAAGCUUGUGAUCACAUUCAGUUUUAAUUUAAUAUAAACUUUUAUAGAAUUUAUCAAUAUGGAGAUAACAACAAAUACUUUUCCCCAAACACUGCAGCUGAUAACUUCAACAUGGCUUCAUGAAUAUAGAAGUUUCACACCACAGAUCCUAACGCUCACUUCUGGUUUGGUUGCUUACGGUAUAAUUUAAAUGCGAUACCAGCGUGACCGGUCUCUGGCCCUGAAGUGACCCCAUAUGAGCAGAGGAAGACGAUUGCCCCGCCCCCUGCAGUCUGUCUCCUGUAAGUGUUUUAAAUGACCAAAACACAUCAGAUAUGGACAGAGUCGUAUUUGAGCCACUUUUACCAGCAGUGUAAGCAUAACCUGCAGAAUUAAACUCCCUCGUUCAGAAAUUAGAUUUAAAAUGUGCAGAUGGUAAAUAACUACAUUAAAGCAAUAUGGCAGCAUGACAUGAGAGAACACCGUUGAAAGUUACAAUGAUAAUAUAAUUUAUGAUAAAUAAAGUUUGAUGCCACUUUAAUGUUUUUUUCAUGCAGACUUCCUCUGAUAAAGCUCUCAUGCUCCGUUAUCUGCAGCAUCAUGACACUUCCUUGAAAUAUGCAAAAUUAGGGACUAUUGCUCACAUACGGUACACCGCACAGGUUAACAAUGAAGGUAGAUUGUUUUACGUGUUGUGCAGCUCGAGUUCAAAAUGUAUCUAAAUAUUUGUAAUCAUGACAAACACAUCAUCUGCUUUACUUCUUCCAGUCUAACACGUGCUCAGCAGUUAGUCCAAGGGUGUCAAACUUAUUUCAGUUCAGGGCCGACAUUCACCACAGUUAGUGGUCACACAACAACCUUUAAAAAAACAACUAAUCAAAUUAUUUUGUUGUUUUGUGUAAAGAAGUACUUGUGUGUGUGUGUAAAAAUAUGAGAGUACAUUUAGAUUGGACCCUCUGAUUGGCUGGUUUUGGCCCAGGUCAUAUACUGACACCCCUGGUUUAGUCUGAAACACUUAGACUGUAAUUUGUUGAAUUUAAACAAAUGUUUUAAUUAAACGUGAGGCCUCAGUUUGGACUCGAAUUCUUCGGCUCGCGUUUUCUGAUCAUAGAAUUUUCCAGUUUCCGCUCACAGUGUAACACUAGCAAAGAUCACAAUUAGCAUUAACAUGUCAGCACUUUGGUUUACCUUCUCAUUUGAGUAAUCUCUGUCCUCCCAUUGGUCCACAUCACAUCCUGGAUCUGACAGCAGCCAAUCAGAGCGCAGAGCAAACAGGAAGGAGAAGCAGCAGCUCCUGUUUGUAUGUGGUUCAGUGCUGAGUGAUCAAACCGCCACGAUGUGGGAGAUUAUUUCUGCAAGCACACAUCCUCCACCUUCACACUGUCGGGACAAACAGGGUUCUAAAAUAAAAAGCUGUUUUAGUAAAAAGAAUUUUAGCAAUAACUCCUUUAGCUGAUUUCAGAGGAAGUUAAGGACUAACAUUACCCUAUGUCUGAUGCCGUGGAAUAUGCUGGAUCUAGAGGCUCUAGGGAACGAAAUUCCCGAGAACAGAAGUUCAGAAAUGCACGGACAAAUAUACCUCAGCAACAAAAGACCCAAUGAGAGCAAACAAACCAACUAAGUUUUUACACAAACUGGGCCUAGAACAGUCAGUCUCCCUCUAACACAGAGAUGAACUUGCGUGAAAGUUUUUUCUUUUCAGAUGGAGGUUUUCACAGCCAGAGUCUUCUGAAUAAGGAGAAAACCAUUUUGGAAGUUACUUGGCAUAGACUGCCUGUCCAAAACAUGAAAAGUCAGACUCUAAUAUGUCAUUGGACCUCCUUUAUCUCUGAUUCCAGCAGCAUUCACUGUGGCAUCAUCUCGAUAGGUUUCUGCAAUGUCAGAACAUUUAUUUCUGUCCAGAGUUGCCUUCAUUUUUCUCCAAGAUCUUGUAGUGAUGAUGGGAGAGUCGGACCUCCAGCACAUCCCAAAGAUUCUCAGUAGGGUUCAGGUCUGGACUCUGUGGUGCCCAGUCCAUCUGUGAAAAUGAUGUCUCCUGUUCCCUGAACCACUUUUUCACAAUCUGAGCCCUCAUGAAUCCUGCAUUGUCAUCGUGGAAUAUGUCCGUGCCAUCAGGGAAGAUGGAAUAACCUGCUCAUUCAGUGUAUUCAGGUAGUCAGCUGACUUCAUUCUUUAGGCAAAACAUGUUGCAGAACCUGGACCUGAACCUUGACCUGAGAAACUGCCCCACAAGCUUGUACAGUAGCUCUCGGCAUGAUGGCGGCAUCACUUCAUCAUCUUCUCUUCUUACCCUGCUGCUCCCAUCACUGUGGACCAGGGUAAAUCUGGACUCGUCAGACCACAUGACCUUCUUCUAUUGCUCCAGAGUCCAAACUUUAUGCUCCCUAGCAAACUGAAGCCUUUUCUCUGGUUAGCCUCACUGAUUAGUGGUUUUCUUAUGACUCCACAGCUGUUCAGUCCCAGGCCUCCCAGUUCCCGUAACAUUGUUCAUGUGGAAAUGUUCUUACUUUCACUAUUAAACACAACCCUGAGUUCUACUGGUGGUUUUUUACCAUCUGAUUUCACCAACAUUAAAGUGAUCAUCGAUCACCUUCAUUCAGGAUGUUUUUCCUAUCACACUUCUUCCUGAAAGAUGAUGGUUCCCCACUAUCCUUCCAGUUUUUCAUAAUGCGUUGGACAGUUCUUAACCAGUUUCAGCAUCUCCCUAGAUGUUUUCUCUGCUUGAUGCCAAUGAUUUAACCCUUCUGAAAGAGACUAACAUUUUUAGUUUUCACACAUAUUUUUUAAGAAACAAGAAGCUGCUUGCUGCAUCAGUUAGAUUUUAACUCGUUGCAGGUGAAACAUCAGAAUCCAUGCAGGAUGGAAUGGAAGGCUUUCAAAUGUUCCCUAAUUAAAUCCAUGUGGGUCUUUGUUGUUUUUGGACAGAUAGUAUAUGUCUGCUGCUGUGUGAUAUGUUUACAGCUUGAAUUACUCGUCUCUUCUCUGGCCCAUGUAACAUGAUGAUUUCUUUCUAAUGUCAGAGUCCACUGGGAAGAUCCCAUAAGUCAUUAACUGACCCGUAGCUUCCUCAAAACUGUCAAAUCUUCACAGCAGCCCUCUUUGAGCCGACAGUGAGAAGACGUCUAAGUAAAGCAGCUUCCUGAGCUGUAGUCAUCUGUGAUGAAACAAGCACAACACACACACCACGAGGAUGUAAAGUGUCUGCUUCCUUAAAGAAAAGAGGAAUGUUGUUUGUUCUGCAGCUGCUCCAGGUUCGAGUAUCUGCUGUUUCCUGAACCAGCUCAGAGCCGUUGUGGCUCCGCUGGAGAUCCGCUGAUUAUUAGUUGUAGAUGCUGUCAGACAGACCAGCUGCAGAGGAUUUCUGCAUCACAUCUGUUGAAAGAAGUAAAAGGACAUUUUAUAUCUGAGCAGUUGACUGCAGCUGAGAAACUCUGAGUCUCACCAGCCACUUUAACCAGUUAACCAGUCUGUCAGCUGAUGGUAUAUUGUGUCCUGAACCUGUAAAGCUUGAAAUCCUCUUGCAGGUCUGCUCUGAUAGGCUCAGGUCUUUUCUGUUUGCAUGCCAAGGGGAGGGAGUGUCGGACCUGAUGAAGUUAAACUGUACGUGAAGCGGCCUUAAACCAGCGGUUCAAUCUGAGUGUUAAUUUGCAGAAAAGUAAUGUGAGGACACAAGAUGUGUUUUAAACAGUGCAAUAAAGUAGUGAGAGUAUCAGCUUUGUGUUUUAUGCCAGACAAGGAGCCGCUGUGCUUCCAGGACUUUUGUCACAGGGGAGCUCUUUGGACUCCGGUUGUUGUGACGAAGACUUGAACCUGUUUCUAAGGCAGAGCAUCUUUCAUGGUUCUGGUUAUUGCAGCUCUACAGAUUUCUACAGAAUCAGCAGCAAGAAAUGAGAAAAUCCAGUUUUAGUUCAUCUUGGAUGGACUGCAGAUUGUUAUUAUUUCAUUAACAUUUGCUGCAGGAAGAGAGGAGAAAAAACACAAACUGCAGCUCAGAAAAUAGCCGCACAGUCAGAUCCUCAGUCAAAAUUUUCUGAUUGAUUUGAACUUCAGCUCCGGUGGGAGGAGUUUAGCUGGGACAAGAUCUUUAUCUGAAAAGCUGUGCAGUUCUCCUUAACUCCACUUUUAUCAGGCCUGCAGCAGUUUGAUGGAGUUUUACUGAGCUUUUGUCUGAAUUUUUAAGCAUUUUGUAAAAGAAAUCUUUGGAAAUUUGGAAACGGGUGUAGGAAGUAACCUGACUAGACUUUCCUGCUCGUGCUGCUGAUCCUGUCGUUUUUCUGGUGGAAGACGAGUUUCUGCAUCGAAGUUUUUACGUUCAGGAUGAACACGCUGAGGUGGCCUGUCAGUAUGAACCUGUUUGUACAUCAUGUUUGAUUCAGUUGUGUUUUAACAGAAACAUGCUUGUGUAUGAUACUAAUUAAAUACUAUGAAGAAACA